AUGCUCGAUCGUUGGCGGAAGCUAGAUCCGCGAAACGGUCUGCGAGAGCAAAAGGAAAUUGCUGCGGACUUUACCCUAAAAAGUGGAAAGGAAUUUCACCAAGCCUUGACAGCCCCUGCAAAAGACCUUCAAGAAGCGCUGGAAAUGUACAAUGCGACAGCCGAAGAGGCGUUGCGCUUUAGUGUCAACACUUGUACCUUUGACGAUGUCCUUUCAGAGCUCAAAGCUGCUGUUAGGGUCUAUGAGCAGAAAGCGACUGGACCGGCAAAUGUGCUGCGCAGAUUCGCACGCGCGGCUGGAGACUACUCCGUCGAGAUAGCCCCUUGGUGCGACUUGGUGCCCGCAGACAACGGGCUCAACGUGCUGAGUGCUGGUCUGCGGAUGAUCUUCAGCAUCGCAAAGAGAAAUGCGGACAACCGCGAGAGGAUCUUGCAAGCGUUUCAUGACAUCCCAGCGCUUGUUAACAAAGCUUCAAGGCAACAGAGCCAGUUUGCCUUCUCCAAGGAUGUCAGGCACAGCGCAAUCACAUUCUACGAGACGGUGGUGCGCGCUCUAGCCCAACUGAUUGUCCAAUUGAAUGGCAGUAUCAAUUCAGAUACGCGGUUCUGGGACCGCGUGAGCAGACUGAGAGAACGGCUCUUCGGCUCCAGCCUCAGAGGAAAGAGUAUUGAUACAAUCCUGAGGACGGUCUCGAUCCAGGUCGCGAAGUUCGAGGAAUGCCUUGACCUGGUUCGCGACAAGAUUAGAAUGGGCACGUAUGAAACCGUUGUCGUAGCUGCGGAGGCGAUGCACGAAUUCAAUGAGAAGUUACAACAACUCCAAAGUGACAUGAAAAGUCUCAAGGAGAAUGCUGAAAAGAGCAAAGACGAUGGUCCCGACCCGAUACUGCAACGACAGGUUUCCACCGAGGCGAUAGAACUGGGCCAGAAAUACGGCAGCAUGAAUCGCAAGGACCAACAUAGCCUGGAUAUCAUGAAUCACCUGUUCAACUUUCUGAUUUCCAAUUACUCUGAGCUGAUGCAAAGCCUGGGGGUCUACUUUCGUCAGCACUUGGAGGAUCUUGACACCGUGCUCAAGGAACAGCAUCAAUUCGACGACGCGGCACAGAGUCAUGCUAGGCAACUUCUCCAGUCCCCUAGAUUUUCGCACUGGUUCUCCUCCCAAUCCUCGGAUGUGCUCUGGAGUGUCAUCUGUAUUAUCGACGGUAUAACGGGAUUUGAAUAUGGUCCGUGGUUGAAUGACCUCUGGGACGUGAUGGACAUCCUGGACAAGAUCGUUAAAGAUCCUGCGUUGCGUCCACAUUUCAAGUUACUUGUCACCACACCUUUUGCCGAUGGGGUUGUGGAUCGGACUGUCAUGGAGCAUCAGAGGCUCGUCUUACCGUCCGAUUCGUCUUCUGGGGGGUUCGCUGAGAUGUCGGAUCGCUUGGUGUGGGAUGAAAUCGGUCAAGCGACUCGGUUGGAGGAGUAUCGACGGGCGGUGCGGCUGAAUGAGGAGGAAGAUUCGGAAGAUUCGGAUGGGCUAAGCGAGUAG